AUGGAGCCCACUAAUAAAGGUCCCAAGGCUUGCACGACAUGCGCAAAGGCCAAGGCGCGGUGCAUUCCCGGCCCGGAGAGGAGCAGCAAGUGUGAAAGGUGCCAGAGACUAAACAAGGAGUGCGUCUCGCAGCGGCCCGCCCCGCCCCGAGCCAAAAAGGCGCCCAAGAGAUCCAGGGUGGCCGAGCUGGAGAAGCGAUUGGACGAGCUGUCGUCGCAGUUUGUCGAUGGAGUCGUUGCCGUAACCCCCCGGCCCAAGCCGCUGUCGUCGUCGUCGUCGACGGGGCCCGAGUCGGCGUCGGCGUCGACGUCGUUGACCAAUGGCCAGUCGCUCACGGAACGGCCACGGCCCCACGGACAGGGACAGGGACGGCGGCGGAAGAAGAACAAGUGCGACAGCCUCGUCACGUUUGAGUAUCUGUUCCCGUCGCCGAGGUCAGAGAGCGCCGAGGCUUCGGGGUGGAGCUCCGAGGCCGGCAGCAACGACUGUGUUGGUGCCGUCGAUCGGCUGUGGCCCGACGCGGCGGAGGCGGAGGCGCUGCUGCUGCAGUUCCACGACACGCAUGCGCCGCUGGCGCCGUUUGUGGUCGUGCCGAAGCAUUUGACGGCGGCGGAGCUGCGUCGGCAGCGGCCGUUUCUGUGGAGCGUGGUGAUGAUGGUGAGCUGCUUCGUUGACGGGCCGAGGCAGCACCGGUUGGGAAAGGAGGUGAUGGCUGAGCUGGGGAGCUUGGUGGUGGGGGAGGGGAGCAAGAGGCUUGAGACGUUGCAGGGACUGUUGUUGAUGAUAGGCUGGCACAACUUUGCCUUGAGGAGUGCGCAGUUGACCAACAUGCUCUUCCUUGCAAGAUCGAUGAGUGUGAACACGGCCAAUACCGGAUGUCUAUGCGGCGCCACCGGCACCACCGGCAAAGACGAGAUCAGAUGGGGAGAAUUAGAAUACGCACGAGCAUACGUAGGGACAUACUACGUCAACGCCAUCGUCUUCAACACGAAUAAAAAGAUGGAUGCCUUUAUGAACACGUCGCAGCUGGACACUUUCUGCAACAUGCUUACUUCGCCGGGGGAAUACCCGUCUGAUAUAUAUUUAGCCAAGCUGGUCAAGAUACAGAUGCUGUCGCAGUCGAUAUCCAUGGCCAUGACGUUUGAUCCUACGCAGCCGCAACCGAUGCAGCUGCCCCUGACGAUGGUGAUACAGACGUUUCAGGAGCAGAUUGAUGCGUAUCGGGCAUCGUUGCCGCCUCACCUUGUCGACAAUGGCAAGUUCUCCUCUCUCCUUUUUCUCAACACUUGCCCUUUUCAUGAAUUCAACGUUCUAACAUUCCUCCUCGCCGACAUCUCCAUCUCCGACCCUCACUGCUCCUCCGUCGGCCUCACCCUCCAAGACCGCAUCCAGCUCCUGUGGUCCUGUCUCCGUGCCCUCCGCCGCUUCUACACCGCCCACGCAGCCGCCGAGCGCUGCGACGUCGGCGACAAGGAGCAGCGCAACUUUCUCGGCCUCAACGCCUCGGACCUCGCCUACUCCAUCAUCACCGGCAUCAAAAUGCUCAUCGUACGGCUUCCCGGGUGGGAUCCGAGGUACAUCGUUUCCGAGCUGGGGGUCAGGGAGAUGCUGGACCAGGAGAUUGAGGUUGUGGGCGCGGUGGUGGCGCGGAGGGAGAGCGACCGUUGGAUGGAGGAGGAUCCGUUGGAUAGGAUGUACAAGUUGCUCAAGUACGCGAGGGAGCUGGUGGAUCUGCAGUUGCAGAAGCUCGGGGUGGAAGAUGUGAGGAGCGGCGGUGAUUCCGCGUCGUUAUCGCCGCCGUCAGUGGUGAACAAGAGAGAAGAUGGGCCGGGGUGGAUGGUGAUGGGGAUAGAGGAUCUGGAUGAUGAUUUGUGGCAGGGCUUUAUGAAUGAUACGGCGUGGAGCUUGAAUGGGGAGCCGAUGGCGAUGGAUGCGUUUUAA